AUGUGUUCUCGGCAAAACGUCCAAGUUUUCAGUCGGCAUGAUUGGGAUAUUUUCUUUAUGAAGAACAAGCUCAACGAGAACAAGCCAGGUGAACGUCCCGAUACAAUCUACCUUGCCAAAGUGCCCAUCAAGUGGUUUUCUGAGAAGGGUUCCGAACUUCCAAGUGAAGACAUUUUGAAAACUGCGAUGGAAUCUUUUGGAAAAGUACGACGAGUGGACAUUCCUGCUUGCGAUCCGCUAAGAAAACAAAUGAAUCCUGAGAUCAGCGGUAUCAAGACUAAAGGAUUCGCAUUUGGACCGAGAACAGUGGUUCCUAUUUCCACCAGUUAUACUUGA